UCAUUGUCUCAGUUUUACAAUAAGAGCUUUGUUUUGACACCUCAGCGGCUGUCAGCUGUUGUGUGUUUUUGUUGAAAUGGUUUAGAACCACCUCCCUUCAGAUGCUGAUGCUUCAACAAACACGGCUUUGUUGCCACAUGACUGAUCUGACCCUUCUAUUUUUUUUUGGUAAGGGUUUCUGGAAGAUAACUUGUGCUAUUGAGCUGGGGCUUGUGUACCACUGCCCGCGGCAUCACAGAGCUUUGGUAAAAGCCAAACCUGUUCUGUGUUGGCAUCACGUGCCUCCCCCAACAGAGAAUGCUGUUAAAGGUUGUUUUCAGUUUGGUGUCUGCUGCAGAUGUGUUGGAGUAAACUGCUGCAGGGUGAGUCUGGAGAUAGCUGCUGCCCACGGAAAUGCAUGCCAUGUUUGUUUUUCUGGGAAUUGAAGCAGAUACAACUGUACUUGUGCUGUGAGUAAAGAUGCUUUUUAGGAGGGGAGUUUCUGUAUUGUGCAGGUUUGUUUCUUUUAAAAAAAAAAAAAACUUCCUCUAAGACAAGUGUCUGGAACAUCCUGAAGAACUCCUGCUGCUCUGCAGUAAAGGCAAGAUUACAGUUAGUGUGAGUAAAUAGCCACCCCCCUUCUCAUUAUGAGCAGUGUCCUGAUCUGAAGUAUUGGCUUUAGUGGUUCCUUCCCUCAGAGCAGGGAAGCUCAGUGUUCUGCAGCUUCUCCUGCCAAGCACAGAGUGGCUCUGCUCUGAGGUGCAUCCUGUCCUGCCUUCCCCCAGCUGUGUCCUUGAUCUUGAGGCUUGCUGCUGUGUUUGUUUGGGUUUACUUCAUGCCUGGAUCAUCUGGCACCGACCUGGUGACAGUUUGAUAUUCUGAGGCUGGAAAACAAGGUGAGGAUUUCUUUUUUCAGUGGGUAUCACUGAGUCCUGGGUCAUUCACCUCUUCUCUAGGGCUUGCUAGGAAACAUUUGGGAAGCUUUCAUAUUUCAUGCUUAGUGCUUUUGAUUGUAUUGAACUUGUGCUUAAAUUGCAAAAAUGGAAAGGGGCGGGGGGGGGAUAGGAAGAAGCUUCUGUUUAACCAAAAGAAAAAGCUGGCCAACACAGUGACAUAAAGCCAGUUGUGAUAGGUGGGAUGGCUGAGAUGGUGUGUGAAGGAUUUCUCAGUGCUGGUGUCUUGUAUGCCAGUUUCAAAUGGGCUGUUUCUACCUGCUGGUAAGCAGCCAGCCAGCUGCAGUGGGGGAUGGGGCAGGUUUUGUGGGGUCGAUGGAGCACGUUACUGCCACGUAAGGAGGGAGCACAGGAAUUUGUGUGAGGAUCCAUCCGCAGAGGUGAAAAGGAGAGUGCAAUGAGCUCAGCGUGGAGCCGGGCUUGAAGCUGUGAGCAUACCUCUGCUGCCGUGUAGAGGCUGAAGUCAUCACUGAAUCACUUCCUAUAGUUAAGAUCAUACUUGAUAGCAAUGAAAAAAAACAAUGAGCUCUUCAGCUGCCUCAGAAAAGCCCAAGUACCCCCAGUGCUGGAAGCCCCCCCCCUUCUUCUGAGGGGUGGGAGAGGAGGAUGACAGCGCUGCCAGCACCCAAUUGGCACUGAGAACACCCAGGCAUUCAAAACACGAGUUCCUGACUUGCCAAAAGCUGUCAGAUGCAAGCUUGGGCCCUUCUGUUCCUUCCUCUUAGUUCUUUCCAUGGCUCCUGGUGCGAGCGUAAAUGGAGCUGAACUCCUUGGAGUGGAGUUUGGGGAGCUUCAGGCAGGCGUGAGUUCUGGACCUGUCUGCUCCAUUCUGAUGAGGAAAUUCUAGAGGGUGCCUUCGAGCAGUGGGAGCUGUGGCUGUGCCAUGGCAGCGGUCGUGGCAGAGAAGCUCAGCCGCCUCUUCAUCAACGUGCGCCAGCUCCCCCAGCUGCUGGCCCCCCCGGUGCCCGCCACCGUCAGCAGCUCCGAGGUGCCAAGGGUUUUCUGGAAGCCCUACAUCCACACCGGGUACCGCCCGGUGCACCAGACCUGGCGCUAUUACUUCUCAACGCUCUUCCAGCAACACAACGAAGCCAUCAACGUGUGGACCCACCUGGUGGCCACGCUGAUCCUGCUGCUGCGCUUCCAGCAGCUCUCUCAGAGGGUGGAUUUUGGGCAGGACCCGCACGCCCAGCCGCUCCUCAUCAUCAUCACGGCAUCCAUCACCUACCUGACGUUCAGCACGCUCGCUCACCUCCUGCAGGCCAAGUCCGAGUUCUGGCACUACAGCUUCUUCUUCAUGGACUACGUGGGGGUGGCCAUCUACCAGUACGGCAGCGCGCUGGUGCACUACUACUAUGCCAUCGAGCCCAGCUGGCACGAGAGGAUCCGGGGCUUCUUCAUGCCCAUGGCUGCGCUGCUGGCCUGGCUGUCGUGUGCAGGCUCGUGCUACGCCAAGUUCCACUACCACCAGUCGGCGUGGCUGCUGAGCCGGCUGUGCCAGGAGGUGCCCUCGGGCCUGGCCUACCUGCUGGACAUCAGCCCCGUUGUGCACCGCAUCUGCACCGCAUCGCCUGCGGAGCACGCGGACCCGGCCCUGCUGUACCACAAGUGCCAGGUGCUGUUCUUCCUCAUCGGUGCCUUUUUUUUCUCCCAUCCUUACCCAGAGAAGUUGCUCCCCGGGAAAUGCUAUUUCUUCGGGCAGAGCCACCAGAUCUUCCACGUCUUCCUGGUGCUCUGCACGCUGGCGCAGAUCGAGGCCGUGGUGCUGGACUACGAGUCCAGGCGGCACAUCUACUCCUCGCUGCAGGGUGACCUGGCGCACCACUUCUCUGCCCUGUGCCUCUUCACUGUGACCUGCUCUGUGCUCACGGCCGCAUACAUGGCGCGGAAGGUGAGGGACAAGCUGAGCUUCAAAGAAGACUGAGAGCUGGGGAUGCCGUGGCCAAGGCUGCGUGCUCCGAGGAGAGGAGGAAGGAAGCGCUUUGUGAACUGGCACUUGGCACUGCCCUCUCCAGGGAGGGAGAAUAAGAGCUGCACUUCACGCUUUUAAAUUCAGAAUGAAUCCCAUCUUAUUCGUGAAAUAGUGCACUGGUUUAAUUCUGAUGCCUGAAUAAACAGGUAGAACAA